CCCUCUGGGAACGGCUAUGAAGUUGGGUUAUACAUUGAUCUCCUUGUUCCACUUCUACGGCCGGCGAUUCCAUUAAAAUUUAGAGGUGAAACAACCACGAUGUACCACUUUCCAUGGGAGGAAAAGGAGCUUUGGCAAACAUUACUUCCUUGAAAGAAGCCCUUUUUCCCAGGAUGUUACCGGUAGAUAACAGACUUCAAAACUUACAGAUUUACAAACUUCUUCAGUGUGUUCACCAGAAAGACAAGAAGCAAAUAGAAAAGCUGGUCCAGAAUGGAUUCCCAAAUCUCAUUAAUUUCACAGAGCCAAUGGAAGGAUAUAGUGCCCUUCACUUGACCUGCAUUAAAAAUGAUGUCGACAUGUGCAGCUUCUUGCUGGAACAGGGAGCUUGUCCAGAUGUCCAGGACAAAAUGGGACGUACUCCAGCAAUGAAGGCAGCUGAGCUGGGCCAUGAGUUGGUUUUGGAGUUAUUAGCAAAAGCUAAAGCAGACAUGACUGCUGUGGAUAAUGAAGGGAAAGGUGUUUUGUUUUACUGCAUUUUACCUACAAGGCGGCACUACCACUGCAUGCAAAUUGCCUUGGAUUAUGGUGCAGAUGUUAACAACUGUACUACUGAUGGGAAGCCUGUAUUUCUACAAGCCUGUGAGCAAGCUCAUGAUAUUAAAGGAAUAUGUCUGAAUUUCUUGGAGAGAGGAGCAAAUCCCAAUGCAAGAAACCCAGCUACGGGUCGCACAGCCUUAAUGGAAGCUGCAAGCGAAGGUGUUCUCGAGUUGGUGCGUGGUCUGCUUGAGAGGGGAGUCGAUGUUAACCUGUUUGACCUUGAAAGACACAGUGCUGCACAUUUCGCAGCCAAAGGAGGCUUUUUUGAGAUUUUGAGGAUUAUUUCAGCUUAUAAUGGAGACUUGGGCCUGAUUGCUAUGAACGGUAACACGCCACUUCAUUAUGCUGCAGAGGGAGGAUUUGCAAAUUGCUGCAAGUUUAUAGGGCAGAGAGGCUGUGAUCCUACGUGGACAAACUUGUUGACAAAGACCCCAAGAGCCGUGGCCAAGGAAGGCGGUUUUAAAGCAGCAGCAGCAGAAUUGCGUAGAAUUGAAGAUACCUUUAUAAAACAGUCCAAGCCUGGGGCUAAGGAGGACAACCCUCGCUGGGCGCUGAGGCUAUACGACUGGUCCUUAGAGCACCAGGCUGCCCUCCGCAAGGCGUUUGAGGCCAUCGACCAAGGAGAUGGGACGGUAGCUAAAGACGAUUUCAUAUCAGUUAUUCAGAAGCAGUGUGCCUUUGUGGAUGUUGAACAAAUACAAACUAUUGCUGAAAUGCAUGAAGGAUCUGACCACGAGGGAAUCAACAUAGCAGAAUUUUUUAAAGGCUCUAAAUACUUGCAGAAAAACUGUCUUAUAACAUCCUUUGGACCCAAAGGAAAAAAGGGGAAGAAAAGGAAGAAACGAAGAGGCAAAAAAGGCAUCGCCAUCCCCGUGCCCAUUUGUGUUAUUCCGAAGAGUGCAUGUCCGCGUAGGGAAGAUGGCUUCCCCGUGUACAUGAUUGAAGCUAUUCAGAGCAUUGCUGAUAGCUACCAUUUUAACCGAGACCACCCAUCCGCCCAUCCCGUGCAUGACGACCGUGCCUGGUAUAUAGAUGAGCCAAGGAAAAUGUACAUGAAUAUUAACUACCUUGUCAGAGCGGGAGACGUUCUAUCUCUACAGAAAGCAUUUGAGGAGGGUGUGCCAGUAGACAUUAAAGAUAAAUAUUACAAAACACCUUUGAUGGUUGCAUGUGCAAGUGGGAACACAGAUGUUGUGCAGUAUCUUCUGGAAAAGGGAGCUGAUGUAAACGCAACAGACAAUUUCAUGUGGACUCCCCUCCAUCACGCCUGCUAUAACGGACACCUCGACCUUGCUGAACUGAUAGUGAAGGCUGGAGCAGCAGUGGAUGCACCUGCAAUAGGCAACGCAACCCCGCUCAUGAGAGCCAUUGAGAUCUGCAGAUUGGAUAUAGUCUAUUUCUUAAUCGAUGCGGGUGCUGACAUCCAAAUGACAAACAGCAAUGGAAAGAAUGCUCUUGAUAUUGCUAAAGUAUUUGCAGAUUCUAGAAUAAUUGAUCUGCUCCAAAAUAAACUGGAAAAUUUGCCAGAAGUAACAGAAAAAAAAGCAGAGAAAGAAAAACUUGUGAAGCCAAAGUCACCUUCUACACCAAUGCCUGCAGAGGUACAGGCUGUGAAAAGAGAGCCUUCACAGGUAUCUCUGCCAGUUGUAGAAAAAGCCAUUCUUGAAAAGACGGCGCAUUCCCUUGAGGACAGCGUUAUUUAUCUGAACUCUUUGAUAACCAGCGGUGCUACCAGAAAAGAUGACAUUGCAUUCAAACCCAGAAAAAUUUGGGCCCCUGAAGCUGCAACAGAGGAGCUAGUAAGAAAGCAAGAAUUGCUCCGUGAACGCCUUGCUCUUGAUGGCCACUCAGAAAGCUUCACAAACCCCUUUAAUAGAAAAGUUAUGGAAUAAGCACACUGGCUGGAAGAAGCUACUUCAGCACAUAUUUUGAGGCAACAAAAAUCUGAAAAGCUACUCUUCUGUAUGUAAGGAAUCAUGCAGUGCUCAGUAAAUGUAUCUCAGAUACAAUAAAAAAAGAAAUGUAGCAAGUUUUUUCCUCUGUAGAUUAUGUUGCUUACACACAAUCUUUUAUUGAGGGCUUAGUCUGGAGAAAGGUUUAUCUUCAUGCGAUUCUAAGUCUUGGAGCAGGUUCAGCGUAGUUCAUGGAACGGCCACUGCUGUGACACACACAUCCUUUUUCUUUGUAAAGGUAUGGCUUUAUGAGGCUAUUUUUCACCCCAACAAAAGACUUCUUUCUGGAAAAGAUAAGCAUUACCCUUUCUACUGAAAGGCUAUUAAAUAUAAAGAUAUGAAGACAGCAUUCAGAAAUUAUUUAAGACACCACUGUUCUUGGCUGUCUGAAGGGGCAACAGAAAGUACAGGAUUUACAACCAAGACUACUACUGUCUAGCUUACUGCUUUCAUGUUCUCUCUCCUACACCUGCACAAGUGCACAAGCUUUUCUCCUAACUCACUGAGGAUGUAUUUCCCCAACUGCAGUGUGGUAAAGCUGUUACCAAGACCUUUAGAUAUUUUUUGGCAAACUUGAAAAACAUUCAGAGAUUUUUGUGAAUGCAGAUUCUUGUAUUAAGAGCUACAUCCACAGCUAAUCCAAAUAGUGCUUGCCCCUACAACAGUAAAGUCAAUGGAUAUUGUCCCUGCCAUUAAAAUACGUUCUUUGGGUGGGAAGGAACUGGUGUCUUCAAAGUGACCUGACCAGGCUGUGGUAAUUUAGUAUGAAGAAAAGGUACUGAAAGUUCAUUAUAGGAAGUGUAUAAUGUCAUGAUUUCUGUGAUACAACCAGGCCAAACCAACCUGAGUUCUGCUGAAGACUCGGCACCUCUUGGGUUCUGUUCAUUAUCUCUGCAAAAUCGUUGGCAGCAGAGGAGUGAGCCCAAUUUAGAGCUUCAAAAAGGCAGUAACUGGUGAUAAGUUUUGGGUAAGCAGAGGCUGGAAAUACUGGGAAUGUUUAGCUUAGAGAGGAAAGAAGUGGGAGGGAAUGCCAUAAAAUAAAAGCAGCAAGAAGUGUGGAGAAGUGAACUGAAACCUCCUAUCUAUUCUUUCACGGGAUACAAGAACAUUCAGACUGCAGAAAAAUUAAAUCGUCUAUGCAAAUAGCCUGCA